AUGAAGCUAAGUUUGUACAUCCUCUUCACGCUAGGGAAAUACGCUCUAGCUGCAACUUACACUUUCGAUCAAAGCUGCACUGCAGUAAGGCUGCAGGGCGGAAACAUCAUUGAUGUGACACGUCGUAUCGAAACUGCAAUGCAUGAGGCAAUAGAAAUGGCCGAGAACGCAUUCGAGGUUAUGGAUAGGGAGUCCACCAACCCCAAAGUCCAAGAGAUGAUCAAAAUUGUACUGGGUGAUGAUACCGACAAAUUCAGGCGGGGCAAAGCAAUGGAAGACAAGCUAUUUUACAACAAAGACGUGGAAGUCUUUAAGCGGUACUAUGAGGAGCCCUACGACUUGGAGAACCCAAAUGCAAAUCUUCCCGGAAAAGCUGCCACCACUGACUCUGACCUUUUCGAUAAGCUGAAAUGGGCCCAGGAUGAGGCUUACCUUACGACAAUUUCUAGGAAAGAUCCACAAUACUCGACACCAAUACGACACCUUGCGUGCCAGAUUGACCUUAGCACAUGGCACUUGGAUGAACGAGAACGAGGCAAUUGGCCAAACCUAGACGUAAAUCUGGUUGAGACCGCCAUGGGGGAGGAGUUUAUCAACACGUGGGUCUCAGGAGGUACCAGUGGCCGAAGAACUCCGGUAGAUGCGUUAUCGACCUUUGGAGGUGUUCUUCUGCAUGAGGCUCAGAAAGAUCCAGGCAAUUCUGAUACCAUUUCACUGCUAGGUCAGGUCCUGAAGCUAUGGAAGAUGGGCUACUGGGUAGAUGACAAGGGUUACAUCCACACCAUUGACUGA